UAGGUACUACUUUCAUUUAGAAUUUUCAUUAAUUGAGAACAGAGAAUUCUGAACAAAAUAAAAGUAAUAAAAAGUUGACUUGAUAAUUUUCGCAAGUGUAAUACGGACGAUUUUUGCAUAGUCAGUUCACUUCGUUUCGCUUGCGUCGCUGGCGAAAUGGUUGUGUUUUCCCGUACUCGCCCACGUGAAGCAGACGUCAGCUAAGCGUGCUUAGUCACAUCUGCGUAUUCGAAUUGUUAAAAAGUUGUGAGUUAGUUAUUACCUUAUUGAAUUGAGCUCAGGGGCUUCAUUAGGAAAAUGGCAAAAAGAGUACAACCAGCUUGGAAUCCUCCAGAGCGAAAGAAUGUCCCGGUUUUGAAACUUUAUAAUAGUUUAACGAGACAAAAAGAAGAGUUUGUGCCUCAAUAUGGAAAUAGAGUUUUGUGGUACAGCUGUGGGCCAACAGUUUAUGAUGCUUCUCACAUGGGUCAUGCACGAUCAUACAUAUCAUUUGAUAUAAUGCGAAGAAUUCUUCAAGAGUACUUCAAUUAUGAUGUAUUGUAUGUUAUGAAUAUCACAGACAUAGAUGAUAAAAUAAUUAAAAGAGCCAGGCAAAAUCAUUUAUAUGAUACCUAUAUCAAUGAAAAUAAUAGUCUUGAACAAAUAACAAAGGAUGUUGCAGAAGUCAUGCUUAAUUUUGAAGAAAAAAUUAGGAAAACAACAGAUCCUGAUAAAAAAUGUAUGUUGGAAAAAAUGCAAGUAGUGUUGCAAGAGUCUAUAAAAAAACUAGAUUCUGUUAUUGAUCAAAAGAAUAAUGAAUUUAAUAGAGAAUUUAAAGAGACUCUAUUAAAAGAUAUCAAAGAUCCACUUUCUGAUUGGUUAGAUAGCAAAAAAGGAGAUACAGUUGAUGAACAUUCUAUUUUCAAUAAACUUUCACAAAAGUGGGAAGAAGAUUAUCAUGAAGAUAUGAAUGCCCUAAAUGUUUUAAAACCCAAUGUUUUAACGAGGGUUAGCGAAUAUGUUCCUGAAAUAGUUGCAUUUAUUGAAAAAAUAAUAGCUAAUGGUUUUGCGUAUGAAAGUAAUGGCUCAGUAUACUUUGAUGUUAAAGCUUUCGAUAAAAAAGAAAAACAUUACUAUGCUAAACUAGUACCUGAAGCAUAUGGUGACACUUCUUCAUUACAAGAAGGAGAAGGUGAUUUAAGUGUUUCGGCAGAACGAUUAUCGGAAAAACAUUCAAUAACUGACUUUGCAUUAUGGAAAAGCUCAAAAGCUGGUGAGCCUUGGUGGAAUUCACCUUGGGGUAAAGGUAGACCUGGUUGGCAUAUUGAGUGCUCUGUUAUGGCAUCUGCAAUUUGUGGUGGGAGCUUGGAUAUUCAUACUGGUGGUGUAGAUCUCAAAUUUCCUCACCAUGACAAUGAACUUGCCCAAGCUGAAGCUUAUUUUGAUAACUCGCAUUGGGUCAGGUAUUUUUUGCACUCAGGACACCUCACAAUUUCUGGUUGUAAAAUGUCCAAAUCAUUGAAGAAUUUUAUAACAAUUAAAGAAGCACUGAAAAAACACACUUCUAGACAAUUGAGACUAGCCUUCUUGUUACAUUCUUGGAAAGAUACAUUGGAUUAUGGAGAUGCUACUAUGGAAAUGGCUGUACAGUACGAAAAGUUUUUAAAUGAAUUUUUUUUGAAUGUAAAGUGUCGUAUUAGAAAAAUUAACCAUGGAAAAACCAUUGAAAUAUUUGAUAAAUGGAGUGAAAUGGAAUUAGACAUGAAUAAUAAAUUCUUUACUGCUAAAGAUAAUAUUCAUGCUGCUCUAUGUGAUAACAUUGAUACGAGAACGGCUCUUGAUGUUAUUAGAGAAUUAGUGACGAACUGUAAUAUUUACCUGAAAGACUGUCCCAAACCAAAUACACUAUUACUGCGUGAUAUUUCCGUUUAUAUAACGAAAAUAUUAACUAUUUUUGGAGCCAUCUCUGAACAUGAUUCAAUUGGGUUUCCUAAUGAAGGAGAUAUAUCAAGUGCAAACCUCGAAGAGAAAGUAAUGCCGUAUCUCGAAAUUCUUUCUGAUUUUCGAGAAAAAGUUCGAACUCACGCGCGCACAUUGAAAGCAAACGAUAUUUUGACCGAGUGCGAUCGUUUGCGAGAUGAUACUUUGCCGAAUCUCGGUGUGCGAUUGGAAGAUGACAGCGGCUCAGGAGCUCAGAUAAAGUUGGUCGAUCGUGAAUUAUUGUUGCGUGAGCGUGAAGCUAAGAAAAAAAUUGAAAACGCAAAAGCCGCCGAAAAAGAGAGGAAAAAAAUUGAAGCUGAAAAAGCAGCAGCUAUAAAAGAUGCACAAAGAAAGAUUCCACCAGAAGAAAUGUUUCGAAACGAAGAGGAUAAAUAUUCGCAAUGGGAUGAUAAGGGUCUUCCUACACAUGAUGCUAAAGGCCAAGAAAUUAGCAAAGGUCUUUCCAAAAAAUUGCAAAAGUUACAGCAACAGCAAGCAAAAAAAUACCAAGAGUAUAUUGAACAAAUGAAGAAUCUUGCUUUAAAUGAAGAUUUUUAAGUUUUAAGAAAAAAAAUUGUUUCAACAAUGCUUUAUAAUCCCAAAGACAUCCGGGCUUUGGCUCAUGAUAAGCGUCUUCAUCACAACCAACAAAGUCAGCUGACAAGAGGGAGCAUUUUUAAAAUGCUGGAAACGGGUGUUUUGCAUGAUGAAAAUGAAUUGAACUUCACGAUAAGAUUGAGUCGAUAUUAUGUGGAUGAGGGUAUUCCGCACCUUGUUUACAUUGAUUUUGAUAUAGAUGUUUUCAACACUAUAUUUUCAAAACAAGACGAAAUAAUGCAUUAUUUUAGACAAGGUGUUACCAGAACGAUUUGUCAAAAAAAAAAUAUUCAAGUUUUUAUUGUUGCGCAUGCUUCAAAAACAGGAUUCUUAAUUUGCUUUCAUGAUAUUCAAACUAAAUUCCGAGUGUACAUAACUGGUUCUACAUUUGAAGUAUUGAUUAGCACUCGUUUUGAUGUAUAUUCUGAAUACAAUAAGUUUUUAAGAGGUGAUUUUGAUGGGUGUACUGGCAAUUCGUACACAACUUAUAAUUCGUACGACUAUGACUCAUCUGAUAGUGACUAUUAUUAGCUGCUGGAUAAUUAAAAUCAUUAUUUGUAUGAUUUCUUAAUUUUUCAAUUUUUUAAUAAAAUGUAACAUUACAAAUACUAUUAAGAAUAAAUACAUGCAAAUUGGGUGGAACAUAA